AUGAAUGAAGAAGAUCAUCGCCGAUUUGAAUAUUUGUAUCCAUUAUAUCUUGCUUCAUUAAAUGAAAAUUCUAGUGCUACUGAAGGUACUAGUAAUUUUAUCGAACCAGAAUUUAGUGACGGGGAGGAAGCUUUCCAAUACUAUUCUUUUUAUAAGAGUGGUAGUUCCAAAAAGUGGAAGGCUUGGUACGAGUCUCAUCGACCAUGUCCUUGUGAACAUACGCCAUCUUUUGCACAUCUUUAUGAUGACAUGGAAGAACAAUCUUACAACUCUUCCUAUCAGAAUAGUCUCGAUGAUUAUAGUUGGAAGCCUGAGUACAACUAUAAUCCCUUAUAUGAGUGGAGUUGUGAAGAGGAAGAUGCUUGGUUUAAUCACAAAAGUUCUGAUGAUUAUAGUUGGAAGCCUGAGUACGACUAUAAUCCAUUAUAUGAGUGGAAUUGUGAAGAGGAAGAUGCUUGGUUUUCCCAUAACUCUCAACAUCUUUACAAUCAUUCCCUAAAUGACACUAUUGUUGAGUUACAAGCAUCUAUGGUGAAAAAUUGUGAGAUGAUGAAAGACUUACUUGCCGAGCUGAAACAAAUUAAGCAGGAAUUGAGCAAGUUAUCUGGUCACCUGGUACGUGUCACCUCUACCACUAGUGGAGAAAAUUUUGAAGAAUCUACUCUACCAAACCAGUUUACAUUUGGUUUCUACAAACAAGGCAAUGGCUUUGCCAUUGGAAUCUGGUUUGACAAGAUAAAGGAGAAGACAGUCAUAUGGACAGCAAACCGGGAUCAACAGCAGCCACUCCCACAGAGCACAACACUUGUUUUGAAUGAUUUCGCCAACUUUGUUUCCCCUGAUCGAGCUGUCGCCCCGCGCCCUUCACUGCUCGAUUCGGGUAAUUUUGUCCUUUACAACUCAGAUUCUGAGAUCAUAUGGCAGAGUUUUGAGAAUCCAACAGAUACUCUUUUGUCAGGGCAGAUUUUGGAGACAGGAAAAGAUUUUGUCUCAGCUGUCUCCGAGUCAAAUCACUCCUCCGGAACAUUUCAACUUAGGAUGCAGACUGAUGGUAAUCUGGUCCAGUACCUGAGAAUGAGCAAUGUAGAAGUCUACCAUGCUUACUGGGCCUCAAAAACUAAUGGGAAAGGAUCACAAAAUACAACUCUGAAAUUUGAGGCUAACGGCAACCUAUACAUGUACAACACUACUAGCUCAAGCAAUAUAAAGACAAUUCAUUCUGUAGGUUGGGGACACAAGAGUGGGAAUGUUACUUAUCGUCUGACAAUUGAUGCAGAUGGAAUACUAAGGCUUUUGGGAUGUGAAAGGAGUAGCAGCAUAAAUUAUUGCACAGCUGAUAAUCGAGAUAAAGUUUCACUUGAAGAAUUUUAUGAAGUUUUGUGGGAAAAGAACUACUACUCUAUUGUGCCAAAGAACAGCAAGAUUGCUUGUGAACAAGAUUGCUUGAAAGAUUGUCAAUGCGAAAUUGCUGUGUAUACAUCCAACCCGUGCAACAAACUAAGGUUGCCACUGAGAUAUGUCAAACCGGAUCAGAGAAAUAUAAAUGUAGUGACCAUGGUCAAAGUGCUCAAACAAAGUUCUGAGGCAACCACAACAUGGGUGACGAAAGGAAGAAGUGAACGAGUUCGAAAUAGAUUCCUUAUCAGCAGUGUUGUGUGCAUUGUAUUUUCUUUCAUUUUCCUAUUACUUUCUAUGUUUCUAUGUUGCAGAAGAAAUUUCCACUCUCAUACAAGAGUUUAUAGAGAAUCCAAUAGAGAGAUAUUAAAGGUAGAAGAAGUACUAACUGUUCGAUCAUUUACUUCCAACGAGCUUGAAAUAGCUACAAAUUUCUUCAUGGAACCAUUGGGAAAGGGUUCUUUUGGAACGGUCUUUAAAGGAACCUUAAGAUUUCCAGAUGGGGAAAGAGCCAUUGCUGUCAAAAGGCUCGAGAAAGUUGCAGUAGAAGGAGAGGUAGAAUUCUUAAAUGAAAUGAGAUCCAUUGGUAGAACUCACCACAAAAAUCUGGUUCGUCUUCUUGGUUAUUGCCAUGAAAAUUCAAACAGGCUUCUAGUCUAUGAUUACAUGAGCCAUGGAUCAUUAUCAAACUUUCUCUUCAAAUCAGAGACAAAACCACAUUGGAAUGACAGAGUGAAAAUAGCUUUGGGCAUUGCUUGCGGCAUCUUAUAUCUGCAUGAAGAUUGCGAGAAUAAGAUCAUUCAUUGUGACAUAAAUCCCAACAACAUAUUAAUCGAUGAGAAUUGUGAUGCCAAAAUUGCAGAUUUUGGAUUGGCAAAGCUACUAAUGCCAGAUCAAACAAGGACACACACCGGGAUUAGAGGAACGAGGGGGUUCGUGGCUCCAGAGUGGCACAAGGGCCAGCCUAUUACAACCAAAGCUGAUGUUUACAGCUUCGGAAUUGUUCUUUUGGUGAUCAUAUGUUGUCGUCCAAGUGUUGAUGAUAAUCUUCCUGAGAAAGAAGCCAGUUGAUUGGGUUUACGAGUGUUUCAUGAAUAAUAAUUGGACAAGUCUAAUGAUUGAUGAAGAAGUGAACGAGGAAGAGUUUGACAGAUUGUUGAAGAUUGGGAUUUGGUGUAUACAAGAAGAGCCAACAAUUCGUCCUCCUAUGAAGAAAGUAGUGGCCAUGCUGGAAGGAACUCUAGCUAUUCCAAUUCCUCCAUGCAUAGUUUCUUGCAAUGAUUCCUCCAAGUAUUUCUUAGAUAUAGUUCAUGCUUAAAUUUGUUUAUAGAAUAAUUAUCUUUUUUACCCCCUGUACUUAUGACACUAUACUAUUAUGCCCCUUAAUCUAUUCAGCUUGUUACAAAUAGUCCUUGUAUAAUUUUAUAUGCAUACAUUUAGUCCUUCUGUUUAUUUUGUUUAAAAAUACCGUUUGUAUUGAUGAUGUGGUAUUAUAACAAAGGAUAGAGUAGUAAUUUCAUCUCUUUUUAGAGGGAAAAUUGACUAUGAGGUGGCAUAAUAACUGACAAUGAAAGAUGAUUAAAAAAUGAUUUCAUAACCUUUUAAAAAAAUUUAAUAAAAAUAAUUUUAUUAAAAUAAUUCCAAUCAUUUUUUAGCAGUUCAAAUUAGAAAAAGGUAUAAAAUCAGGAUUCUACAGUAUUUGAAGAGAUGGAUAUCACUAGAAAGAACAUGGGAUUUUCGGAAAAUUAAGGUAAUGAUAUUCUAUUUUUUGGGAUGUUAUUUUUCAUUUUUUUUUUCCUGUGAUUGUAAUUUUUAUGACUUGUAAUUUAUUUUCCUAAUGGUAUAUAAUUUUUCAACUACUAUCUAUGUAUAAUGCCACAUUAUUAAUUUAACAGUUAACUUUAGUCAAUUUUAACAGAAUUAGAUAGAAGGAUUAUACUAUUCCAACUGAUAUAUUUUAGGGGGUAUUUUUAACUACACUUAUAAAUUAAGGGGCAUCAUAGUAUAGUGUCAUAAGUACAGGGACUAAAAAAGCUAAUUAUUAUUGUUUAUAAUGUUGUCAUUGUGCUUUCUUUUUCUAAGAAAGGAAUUAUAUUUGUAGUUUGAUCUCUUUUUUUUCCUUUUUCCUUUUCUUCAUUCUGUGAAGUAAUGAAAUAAAAUCUUAAGAUUUUACAAUGUCAUGUGGGCACGUUUA